AUGUCCGCCGAACCCUUGUCGGGUGCAGACCCUUCGUCCCCGCGAAACGGGUGGGUGAAUAAAUUGGCGACGCGCUUCCAUAAUCGAAAGAGAAAUAUCUCAGAAUUUUAUGUUCAACCAGACGACCCUUGGAGGGCAUAUUUCCCCGGCGAUGUUAUUAAGGGCACUGUAGUCCUUACUGUCAUUAAGCCGAUCCGGAUAACCCACCUUGUCGUCUGUCUUCAUGGCUAUGUGAAAGUGUUCAAAGCGACUGUUACUCCUGGGGAAAUCGGUCCAGACAUUGGAUUUGUGGGUCCUGGUCGUGGAAGAAGACCUGGGGAGUAUAUGGGAAAUGGCCUCGCAACCUUGUUUGAGGAUGAGUUGGUGCUUUGUGGGGACGGACGCCUCAAGGAAGGGAUAUACAAGUUCAAGUUUGAAUUGCAACUUCCCCCAUACAAGCUGCCAAGCAGCCUUAAUUUUGAGCGCGGGACUAUUUCGUACACAAUUACCGCGACAUUGACUCGCCCAAUUACGAUCAGUCCUACGAUUUCCUGUCAUCGUCGCAUUACUGUUCUCGAAGACAUUGACAUUGCAAAUUUUCCUGCACCAAAGCCUCGAGUUGUGUCGUUAGAGCCAGUUUCGAAGAAGUCGAAGGGGCGAAUCAAGCAAAAGGGCUCUGUUGGCGAGCAGACCCAGGAAUUUGCUUCAUCGACACUCGGCGUGCAGGAUACGAUGCCUCCAUUAAGCCCAGCACCAAGUGAAAUCAGUGGCUCUAGUCGUCGAAGUACGAGUAGUCAGAGCUUUCGGAUUGUUCACGACCCUCAAAGAACGGCUAGUAUACGAAGUAGCGAAGCGCGAAGUAUAUCAACAUCUCUGGCAGAGAAAACCAUAACCGCCACGGCUGAAUUGCAAAGGUCGGGAGCGUUACCUGGUGACACUAUUCCAGUACGAAUUAUGAUUAAUCACAAUCGUCAAAUCCGAAGUCCUCAUGGUAUCAUCAUAACUCUAUAUCGACAAGGCCGCAUUGACAUACACCCCGCCAUACCACUUGGGCCUUCAGACGCCGAAGGCAAGAAAGUCUAUGAGGACUUCAUACCAAAGUCAAGAACAGGACUAAGUGGUCUUUCUCUUGGAACGAGCAGGAGUAACAGCGUUUUCCGCAAGGACCUCUUUCAAACGUUUGCCCCUGUGAUCAUCGACCCUAUCACAAUGACCGCAACGGUCAAAACUACAAUCCGAAUUCCUGAGGAUGCAUUUCCCACUAUCACCCGCGUUCCAGGAGCAAUGAUCAGCUUUAGAUAUUAUGUUGAGGCAGUUAUUGACCUUCGUGGAAAGUUGACUGCCCAAGACCGAUUUUUACCGUGGUUGAACAUGGGGACUUCAGGUGGUAAUUUCUCCCCUGGCGGCCAUGUCAUCACUGUUCCAGGUCAACAGAUCGGUGGUCCAGGAACAUCAAACUGGUCUACUAAUAUCUUAGAUACUGACUCUAUUCGUCGUGAAAAGGGCGUAGUAGCCAUGAUGUUUGAGGUUGUGGUUGGAACAAGGGAUUCUAGUCGGAAGCCACAGCAAAACACAGACGAAACCUUAUCAGUCACCGCCGAUGCUACCAAUACAUUACAACCAGCUGGUCAGAACGUCGAUCACGAUAUUGAUUAUACUGAUUUUACUGACGGGAACGUGAAUGGGGAAGAUCAUUACAAUGAAGGCGACUAUUACGCAGAAGACGGAUAUUAUGACUAUGAAGAAGGAUCUUAUUGGCCUGAUCAUCCCCCUUCAGAGGAUCAGCACUACGGUCCUCCGGAAGAACUCAGAAACGGCCUCGACACGCAAGAACCAGAGGACGAGAAGUCGCGACUACAACGAGCUGAAGCCAUGUUACUACCUAGUCGGCCCCCUGGGGAAUCAAGCGUUGGAUCCCCUAAUGCAGGUUCUGCACCCACAGCGCCUGACAUUUCUGAGGACAAUCAUACCUUUGAUCAUCACGCCUUUUCUGACAGUGGCCCUGUAGAUAUAGCGCCAUCAUCUACUAUAUCUGUUGAUACUGUUGUGCCUGGACCUAGUCAUAGCCGAUUACCUAGCAUUCCCGAUUAUGAGCAUACGGACGAUAAACAUGAGCUUGAAAGGCGCCGAUUGAUGGAGGAAGCAAGCGCGCCGUCGUCUAGUCAACAUAUCGACCGCACCAUGACUUCAGGACCCAAUAUGGCCCCUACAGCGCCGAUAUUAGAAGAAGAAGACGAGCUUAGCAACUUGCAUCCAGAGACUGAUGAGUCUCUUCCUUCUUAUCAGCGCUAA